UGCAGUUCAGGAUCUGCAUGUUAAAUAUUUGCAUUCAUUACGAUUUUUCAAGAGAUGAAAUUCUUCAUCUGCACUCUGUUGCUGCCGUUGUGCCACAUAUACAGUGAUCCUGUAACAGGGUCUGUAGAGGAAGGCUUGGGCAGGCCUUUCAUCCUGGAUUCCAUUGAAGAAGCCAAAAGACUCGUAGACGAUGCGUACUUGUACUCUCGUCAAGAGAGUCUAGCGAGGGUGCGUGUGGAUGGCUACAUCAAACCCACAGAUAAAUUGCGUCUGAUGAAGCAGCCGUCCCGCCGAACACGGGAGGUUGUACGAGCGGCUGACUACCUGGAACAGACGCUCAGGAUCCUUACUGAGAAAACCCACCAUGCACACAAGAGAUCCAUUAAUGCAACAGCACUGAUAACCCCUGAUGAGCUCUCAACUAUUGUGCGUCUGACUGGCUGUGCUGCUCAAGUCCGGCCCCCUUCAUGUAGGACCACGCCCCUCGUCAACAAAUACCGCACAGCCACCAGUGUCUGCAACAAUCAGAAGAAUCCACUCCUUGGUGCAUCAAACACACCCUUGGCUCGUUGGCUACCCGCUAGUUAUGAAGAUGGCAUCUCACAGCCCAAAGGAUGGAACCCUGGCAAGCUCUAUAAUGGUGUCCUACUGCCUCUGGUGAGGCUGGUGUCGAACCGUAUUCUGAGCACGCAGGACGCCGAUGUGCAGGGUGACAGCGAGUACACACACCUGGUCACCUUCUUCGGCCAGUGGAACGACCACGACCUGUCUCUUACACCCCAGACCCCCAGCAUCCGGUCCUUCGACAAUGGCAUCGCAUGUGACCAGAGCUGCCAGAUGUCUGAGCCCUGCUUCCCCAUCCAGAUUCCAUCUGGAGACCCCCGUCUACCCACCGGCCCCAACAGCUGCCUGCCUGUGUUCCGCUCGGCGCCAGCCUGCGGAUCCGGUAACGGUGCCUACAUUUUCGGGGGAGUACCCGUAGAGAGGGAGCAGAUCAACUCACUGACCGCGUUCCUGGACGCGGGCCAGGUGUACGGCUCUGAUGAGUCGCUGGCACAAAGCCUCCGUGACCUCUCCAAUGACUUGGGCCAACUGCUUGUCAACAACCAGUUCCAGGACAACGGGCGUGAGCUUCUGCCCUUCACCAAGGUGGUCAGCAACAUUUGUGCCACACGCAGACACACUCUCAACGACUCGAACCUACAGGAAGUACCGUGCUUCAUCGCAGGUGAUGCCCGUGUAGAUGAGAACAUCGCUCUUACCUCCCUGCAUACGAUAUUCCUGAGGGAGCACAACCGGUUGGCCCGAGUCCUGCGCCUCCUCAACCCCCACUGGAGCGGUGAGACGCUUUACCAAGAAGCUCGCAAAAUCAUGGGGGCCUACCUUCAGAUCAUUGUGUUCAGGGACUACCUGCCACAUAUCUUGGGCCCAGAUACCAUUAAGAAGCAGCUUGGUCGUUACCCUGGCUACAACCCCGACGUUGACCCGAGCAUCGCCAACGUCUUCGCCACUGCAGCCUACCGCUUCGCCCACCUGACCAUCCAGCCUCUCGUCUUCCGUCUGGACGAAAACUUCAAGAACCACCCGCAAUUCCCCAGUGUUCCUCUUUUCACUGCUUUCUUCUCACCAUGGAGGGUGAUCUUUGAAGGUGGCGUCGACCCUCUGAUACGUGGUCUGAUUGGUCGGCCAGCUAAGUUGAACACACAGGACCACAUGCUGGUGGAUGCACUGAGAGAGAAAUUGUUUACUUUCACCAGCCACAUCGCCAUGGACCUGGCAUCCCUUAACAUGCAGAGGGGCCGUGAUCACGGCCUGCCAGGUUAUAGUGCAUGGCGGAAUUUCUGUGGGCUGUCCGUCCCUAAGAAUGAGACUGACCUGGCCCAUGUGCUGAACAACACAGACCUGGCUCACAGACUCAUCUCACUCUACGGGUCUCCUGCCAACAUAGACGUUUGGCUGGGGGGCGUGGCAGAACCCUUUGUCCCUGGGGGGCGUGUUGGUCCUCUGUUCGCCUGUCUCAUUUCAACCCAGUUCAAGAACAUCCGCCAAGGAGACAGGCUGUGGUGGGAGAAGGAUGGAGUUUUUACCAGAAGACAGAGAGCUGCUCUGAGGUCUGUUUCAAUGUCCCGUAUAAUCUGUGAGAACACAGGCAUCAAGAGUGUCCCUGCAGACCCAUUCCGCUUCACAUCCAGCACGACAGAUUUCAUCAGCUGCAAUGAAAUUCUGCCCCUGGAUCUCAGACCCUGGAUUGAACUGGAUGGAGAGCCGGGAGAGGGACCUCCAGGACCUAGAGGACUCCCUGGAGAAUCAGGACUAACAGGGCCCACUGGACUCGCUGGACCCCCUGGACCCGCUGGACCCGCUGGACCCACUGGACCCGCUGGACCCGCUGGACCCGCUGGACCUCCUGGCCCAGCUGCUAACAUCACAACACCCCAGUCUGCUUUCUCCAUGUUGCUCGGUUUCUCUUUCAUUCCCCUUUCCUCUUCCUCAUCCCGGGUUAUCACCUUCCGCCAGACCGUCUACAAUGACCUGAACGAUUACAACCCGGGAACGGGCAGGUUCACCUGCCCCACGCCCGGCGUGUAUGAAUUUCAGUUCUUCUGCGCCGCGUCUCGCAGCGUGGGUACCGUGUCUCUGAUUCGCAAUGGCUCCGUGGUGCUGAGGAGUGCAGAAGUGCAGAAUCCCAGCAGAGUGACCUACAGCGGACAGACUGUGCUGCUCCUGCAUACAGGAGACCGCGUAUGGCUGGAGGCGAGCCUGGGCAGCAACGGCCUCUUCUCUGAGAGCUACUUCACCGGUCACCUGCUCUUCACUCAAGUUUAGCGCAAUAUGUGAUUCCCUCAAGCACCCGUGGACAACCACACACACCUACACAUGCUCAUGGUCACACACCUUGCCUGCCUCUCAGGGCUUUUUCUCUGGACACUUCUACAUGCCUCAUCCUGCACUGGUAACGCUCCCGGUAACAAGACCACUCAUUAUCCAUGUCUGUCUGUAGCAAUACCUACAUGUUAUAUUACAAAUACAGUUGUUACAUUUGUUUUUAAUUUUUAGUUUAAUUUUAAAGUGUAUUUAAUAUUUAAAAAUAUCAAGAACAUCUUGUAAAUGUAAAAAUUAAAAAUGUAACAUCUUUGAAUAAAUAACCACUGAUUCAUA